AUGUUUAGACAAGUGAAAAGACGUACAGCUGGUAGAAGAAAUUUUGAAGAUAGUACUAGCACAGCUACUACUACUACUACUACUACUACUUAUACUAACGGUGAAAAGGAUUCACCAAAAUAUCUUACCCCGUCAGCAUUAUACGCUUCAAGGUUAUCAUUUUAUGAUUUACCUCCAACCCAAGAAAUCACAUUAGAAGAAUUUGAAACAUGGGCUAUUGAUAGAUUAAAAAUCUUAAUUGAGAUUGAAUCGUGUUUAGCACGGUCUAAAACAUUAAAAGAAAUUGAAACAUCGAUUAAACCAUUAUUAUUAAAAUAUUUACCAUUAAAUCCAACGAGCGGUGGUGGCACGGUAAAUUAUGAAAAAGAACGAAUGAAAGAUCAUUAUAGUCAUUUUAUUCUUCGAUUAGUUUUUUGUCGUAGUGAAGAAUUACGCAAGAAUUUCAUUAAAAAUGAACUGACAUUAUUUAAAGUUAGAUAUAAUUUAUUACAACCUAAAGAACAACAAGAAUUUAUUGAAUUAAAUCAUCAUCGAUUAAUUUGGCAAUAUAUUACUCCGGAAGAAAAAACAAAUUUACAUCAACAAUUAUUUAAUUCUAGUGGGAAUUUAAUUAAAAAUCAAUUUAUGUUACAAGGAGAAAAUUUAACUAAUGAUCAAUUAAAACAAUUUAUAAUGUAUAAAGAGAAUUUCAUUAAAUUACCAUUUGAAAAAAUUACGGGGAAUUUAAUUAGUAAUCGAUCAAUUUUUUUAUUUAAAGGUUAUGGAUAUUUACCAGCUAGUUUACAAUUAAAUUUAUUAUCAAUUGAAUUUAUAAAUAUUUUGAAUGAUAAUUUGAUUAAAACUUUUCAAACAAUUCCAAGAUUAGAAGAAGAUGAUCGAUUAUUACCAUUACUUAAUAAUUUAUCGAAAAAUUUUUCAAAUUUCCAAUAUGAAUCAGAAAUAAAUAAGUUAGAUGAAGAAUUUAUUUCUGAUAUUAAUUCAAAACUGAUAAUUACUCCUAAAAUUACUAAACAUUAUCCAUUAUGUGCUCAACAUUUACAACGGAAUUUAAUUGCUAAUUCUCAUUUAAAAUAUAAUGGUAGACAACAAUUGGGGAUUUUUUUAAAAGGUAUUGGAUUAAAUGUUGAUGAAGCUCUUAAAUUUUGGUCUUCUCAAUUCAUUAAAAAUAAUUCCAUGUCUUUAGAAACGUUUAAUAAAGAUUAUAAAUAUAAUAUUCGUCAUCAAUAUGGAUUGGAGGGGGCAAGAAUUAAUUAUAAACCUUGGGAUUGUUCCACUAUUUUAUCUAAACCUCGUCCGAAUAUUAAAUCUGAAUAUCAUGGUUGUCCAUAUCGUGAUUUCAAUUUAGAUGUUUUAAUUAAUAAUUUGAAUAAUAUGGGGAUUACGGAUCAACAAGAUUUGAAUUCAAUUGUUGAUGAUGUUAAUAAACAUGAUUAUACUAUUGCUUGUACUAGAGUAUUUGAAUUGACUCAUCAAAAACAAUUAAUGGGCAAAGAAAAUAUGAAUAUGCAUAUUAAUCAUCCAAAUUUAUAUUUUGAUAGAUCAAGACAAUUAGAAAGAAGUGAAACCAAAGAUAAAGAAGUUGUUAACACAGGUAGUAGUAGUAGUAGUAGUAGUAGUAGUACUGAUUCAUAG